AUGGCUUCAGCUAGGAAUUUAUUGCCAACCAUUAUGUUCCGCUUCUAUAAAAGUGUUAUUCUAGGAAUGGACGCUAAAGCUAAUAAACAUCAGGAAGCGGGUUGGGGCACCUCCGCCUAUGUCGUUUCCAAAGUAGGCGUGAGUGCGCUCACGAGAAUUCAACAAAGAGAGUUUGAUAAGGAGGCCCCUAAUCGAAACAUCUCUGUGAAUUCUGUUCAUCCAGGGUAUGUUGAUACGGAUAUGACGAGUCAUAAGGGCCCAUGGACCAUUGAACAAGGUGCUCGAGCACCGCUGUUUUUGGCCUUGGAAGCAGAGAAUUUGAAAGGACAGUAUAUCUGGUCUAACGCAACUGUGGCCCAGUGGGAUGCUGAUAAGCCCCCAGCACCAGUUUAA